UCUCGCAGACAACCCCUCCUCAUUCCUACGCCAGUCUCACCUCCACUGCAUACGCUGGACCCAUCGCGCCUUGUAAACGUGCUCUCCAUAGAUUCCCCUUCCGACUUGUCGCAUCUCAGAGAGUAGCUGAACGCUCAAAAUGUGGGCCAUUCGCAGCACAGCCAGUCGGAGUUCCUUGGUCAGUCCAACAUGUCGGAGAGCGUUUCUCCUUCGCCGUCAAUAUGCAACACCCGCGAACCAGUCCACUGCCAACCGAUACAGCGCGAGGAUAACGGAACCCAAGGCUCAGGGCGCUUCUCAAGCUAUGCUUUAUGCAACAGGACUGACGGAAGCAGAUAUGAAGCUCCCACAAGUUGGGAUCUCCAGUGUGUGGUAUGAAGGCAACCCAUGCAAUAUGCACCUUCUUGAUCUUGCAGACAAGGUCAAGACAGGAGUGAAGAAGGCAGGGCUCGUUGGAUAUCGCUUCAACACCAUCGGUGUCAGCGACGGCAUCAGCAUGGGUACCGAAGGGAUGUCUUAUUCCUUGCAAUCGCGUGAGAUUAUUGCGGACUCUAUCGAGACCGUCAUGUCAGCUCAGUGGUACGAUGGAAACAUCUCCAUCCCAGGGUGUGACAAAAACAUGCCAGGGUGCCUGAUAGCGAUGGCACGGUUGAACAGGCCAUCGUUGAUUGUGUACGGAGGAUCCAUCAAAGCAGGAAAAUCCUGCAAAGGCGAGCCACUGGAUAUCGUGUCUGCAUUCCAAUGCUACGGUGAAUAUAUCGCGGGACGCAUAUCGGAGGAAGAGCGUGCCGACAUCGUACGGAACUCGUGUCCGGGCGCCGGGGGCUGCGGUGGAAUGUAUACGGCAAACACAAGUAUGUACUUCCACGGUUCUUCGCCAUUGGAUGCCACCCAUCUGAUCAAAGUCAUCUCAGUGUCGAGUGCGAUCGAGGCAAUGGGCAUGAGUCUACCAUACAGUUCUUCAACACCAGCAGAGCAUCCCGCAAAGCUCGAGGAAUGCUUGAACGCUGGGAAAGCCCUGAAGCACCUCCUGGAAAAGAACAUCACACCAAAGGACAUCAUGACCCGAAAAGCGUUCGAGAACGCGAUCGUGCUGACGAUGGCUUUAGGAGGUUCAACAAAUGCGGUUCUGCACUUGGUGGCCGUCGCCAGGACGUUGGGAGUCGACCUAACCAUCGACGACUUCCAGAAGAUCAGCGACCGCGUACCUUUCAUCGCUGAUUUGAAGCCCAGCGGAAAAUACGUCUUCGCCGACCUCCACGACAUCGGCGGUAUCCCAGCCGUGCUGAAGUACCUGCUAAAGGAAGGUCUGAUCCACGGCGACUGCAUGACAGUCACUGGCAAAACCCUCGCCGAGAACUUGGCGCCAUUGCCCGACCUCAAACCAGGCCAAGACAUCAUCCGCCCGUUAUCAGACCCCAUCAAAUCAUCCGGGCACAUCCAGAUCCUCCGCGGCAACCUCGCGCCUGAGGGAUCUGUUGCGAAGAUCACGGGGAAGGAAGGUCUUCACUUCUCGGGGCCUGCAAAGGUGUUUGAUCAGGAGGAGGAUAUGUUGAAGGCGUUGGAGAAUGGGCGGAUUGGGAAGGGGGAUGUGAUUAUAAUUAGAUAUGAGGGGCCGAAGGGUGGGCCGGGGAUGCCGGAGAUGCUGACGCCAACCAGUGCGGUGAUGGGCGCAGGACUCGGCAAAGACGUCGCUCUCUUAACUGACGGCCGCUUCUCCGGUGGUUCCCACGGCUUCAUCAUCGGGCACAUCACCCCCGAGGCGCAAGUCGGCGGCCCCAUCGCGCAUGUCGUCGACGGGGACAUCAUCAGCAUCGACGCAAGGGAUAAAUCUAUCUCGGUGAAUGUCAGUGAGGAGGAGUUUGCGCGCCGAAGGGAGAAGUGGACGGCGCCGCCGUAUAAGGCGACGAGGGGGACGUUGUAUAAGUUCAUUAAGAACGUCAACAACGCAUCCCUGGGAUGCACUACGGACGAGUAGGACGGCGGACGAGGGGAUUGCCCCGCUUGGUAUCACCAACACACGGUGAUGUCGCAGAGUUGUAUGUCAGAAAGGCUGCACGGCGUAGGGAGAGAUGAGAGCGAGAGGACACGCCAGGAAACU